AUGAACAACAACACAAAUUAAAAAGUUAAUUAAGCAAUUUAAACUUCAAUUGAGCAUAAGCCUUACAGUGAUACUACUUAAUGUAAGUAAUUUAAAGAUAAAAUGUAGUUAUAACAGAUAAUUUAAAACUGAAAUAUGAAGAAUUACAAAAGAAAUUUUAGGAACCUUAAGUUUAAGCAAAAUGGGGUUAAGCCAAAGAUAUAUUUAUCGAAAGAACAAAAGAAUUUGGAGUAACAAACUUUAAAAUAUAUAGUUUCUUACUUUAGAUUAUUUAGUUAAGACUUUUGAGAUUACUAAAANUAUAUAAUUUAAAUUAACAAUAAACUACUUUUAUAUUAGAUUUCAAGUUAAGUAAUACAUAUAAAAAAUAAAAUCAAAAUAACAAAUAUUCCAUUAUUUUAUUUGUCAACUUUAUCUAAUAUUAUUCCUCAUUCAGAAGGAUUUUUAUUUUCUCUUAGAUUCUAUGUAAUUCCUCUAUUGA